CACAACAGAGAGGACACUUGCAUAUAAACAACCCUUUUUCUCGAUACGAGAGUUUCUUUCCUCAAUCCCACUUAUACGCUUCAAUUGACUUAUAAAAAUAAUUGGCAGCGAAAAUGGAGGGCCUUAAACAGACCUUUGCACAGUGCAAGAAGGAGGGGAGAGCGGCGUUGGUUACAUAUUUCACCGCUGGGUAUCCUACUGUAGAGGAAUGUGUUGAUAUUAUGCUGGGGCUGCAAGCCGGUGGAUCAGACAUCAUUGAACUCGGAAUCCCUUUCACAGACCCCAUUGCUGAUGGACCAACUAUCCAAAAGUCGAAUACCGUCGCUUUAAAAAACAAGGUUACGGUCAGCUUGGUGCUCCAACUGGUCCGCGAUGCGAGAAAGAAGGGACUGACAGUCCCUGUACUGUUCAUGGGAUACUAUAACCCGAUUUUGAGCUACGGAGAGGAGAGACUACUGAAGGACUGCAAGGAGGCUGGCAUCAACGGUUUCAUUAUUGUUGACCUGCCACCGGAGGAGGCCGUCACAUUCAGAAACUUCUGCACCAAAGCACAACUCUCAUACGUUCCCCUGAUCGCCCCAUCCACCACAGAUGAGCGCAUGAAGCUCCUCUGCGGACUCGCUACUUCAUUCGUCUAUGUCGUCUCGAGAAUGGGCGUCACCGGAGCUACAGGCACUUUGAGCACAGGUAUCCCCGAGCUCUUGGCACGAGUUAAGGAGUACUCUGGCGGCAAGCCGGCAGCCGUUGGAUUCGGUGUCAGCACAAGAGACCAUUUCGUCACCGUUGCCAAGAUCGCUGAUGGUGUCGUGAUUGGAAGCCAGAUCAUCAACGAGCUUGGUGACGCACCAGCAGGACAGGGAGCCAAGGCGGUCGAGAACUACUGUGCCACCGUCUCUGGAAGGAGAGCAGCCCCAGUGACCCGUGAAAUCGGAAUGGUCGAGGCCGUACACAGCGCCCAAGAGCCCUCGGGAGAUCAAGUCCAAGUCGACGCCGUCGUCCCUCCCCGCCCCGAAGGCGAAGUCGGCCUCGCCGACCAAAUCGUCGCCCUGAACGCCGACGGUAUCGCAAACCCAAACCACAUCCCCUCCCGCUUCGGCGAGUUCGGCGGCCAAUACGUCCCCGAGUCGCUGAUGGACUGCCUUUCCGAGCUCGAGCAGUGCUGGGCUGAGGCCAAGAACGACCCCAAGUUCUGGGAGGAGUACCGUUCAUACUACCCCUGGAUCGGCCGCCCAGGGCACCUGCACCUCGCCGAGCGCCUGACCGAGCACGUUGGCGGAGCUAACAUCUGGCUCAAGCGUGAGGAUCUCAACCACACCGGUAGCCACAAGAUCAACAAUGCCCUCGGACAGAUCCUGAUCGCCCGCCGCCUCGGGAAGACCGAGAUUAUCGCUGAGACUGGCGCCGGUCAGCACGGUGUCGCUACCGCGACUGUCUGCGCGAAGUUCAACAUGAAGUGCACCAUCUACAUGGGCGCUGAGGACGUGCGCCGCCAGGCCCUGAACGUCUUCCGCAUUAAGCUCCUCGGCGCGCGCGUCGUUGCCGUCGAGGCAGGAUCGCGCACCCUCCGUGAUGCCGUUAACGAGGCUAUGCGCUCCUGGGUCGUGAACUUGGAUACCACGCACUACAUCCUCGGAUCGGCCAUCGGACCCCACCCCUUCCCGACGAUGGUUCGCACAUUCCAGUCCGUCAUCGGUGACGAGACAAAGGCCCAGAUGCAGGCUGCGCGCGGCAAGCUCCCCGACGCCGUCGUGGCGUGCGUGGGUGGUGGCUCAAACGCCACGGGAAUGUUCUUCCCCUUCUCCGCUGACCCGAGCGUUGAGCUCGUCGGCGUCGAGGCCGCGGGUGACGGAAUCGAUACCCCGCGCCACUCUGCGACUCUGAGCGGAGGAUCCAAGGGCGUUCUCCACGGUGUUCGCACCUACGUUCUCCAAGACGAGCAUGGACAGAUCCAGGAUACUCACUCUGUGUCGGCUGGUCUGGAUUACCCCGGUGUCGGCCCAGAGCUGAGCGCGUGGAAGGAUAGCGAUCGCGCGACGUUUAUCGCGGCGACGGAUGCGCAGGCAUUUGAGGGGUUCAGGGCGCUGUCGCAGUUUGAGGGGAUUAUUCCGGCGCUGGAGACGGCGCAUGCGGUUUGGGGCGCUGUGGAGGUGGCGAAGAGGUUGGGGAAGGGGAAGGAUGUUGUUAUUUGUGUUAGUGGACGCGGUGAUAAGGAUGUGCAGAGUGUGGCGGAUGAGUUGCCUAUUUUGGGACCCAAGAUUGGAUGGGAUUUGAGGUUUUAAGGGGGGGAGAUAAAAUGAGGUGAGAUGGUGAUUGAGCCUAGAUCGAACAAGUUUUGAAGGCCGAAAAUGAGAUGAUGAUAGAGAUGGUACAAUUUUGGUGAUGAUGGAUGAUCUAGAGAAAAAAGUUUCGUAUCACACUGAAUAAAGAGCAAUUGGACUUAUCAAAU